AAGAUGUGAAGGAGGGAGGACGCGUCCGAGCGACUCUCCGUGAAUUUGACACUCAAAUUGUAUAAAAACCACAUAUUGUGAGGAAAUUCGAGUUGAAAGGAGAACAUAAGUGAUUAUAGGCACACUAUGGCUUCGCGGGGCGGCAAAACUCCACAGCAGGGGAUAAAGGCGCACUUUACUCGGCAUAGUAAAACUACCACUACAAACAGUGGGACUAGCUUAGCCUCUCCAGCUAGUAGCUCUGUAGCUGCUAAAGAGGCUAAUGCUGGUAGCAUGACCGCAGCCAGCCUACCCCCAGAAAUGGAGAGCCUACACCGACUCAUGACCGCAUCAAUGGAGAAUAUAAUAGCUCCGCUGAAGAGGACCAUGGAUGAAGUGAAGAUAAUUGUGGAGGAUCAAGGCAAAAGGAUCGUCGACUUGGAAGAAAACGCAACGCAGCUAACUGAACGAGUCACCGCUCUUGAGGCUAUAUGUGAGCAGCUCUUGACCCAGAACGAGUCACUGAACGAACGCAUGGAAGACGCCUCUAACAGGUCUAGACGCUGCAACCUGCGCGUCACGAACGUACUACCGAGUCCUGGGGAAAGGAACGACUGUGUUCAAUUCAUGCAAAACUUUUUUGCCACAGUACUUGGGGACGUGUUCACCGAGCCACCCAUACUAGACAGAGCGCACAGGAUCGGACAAGAUGCGUGCACUACGGGCAGACAGGAGCCUGCUACAAUGGAAGGGACAGAAAAUUAUGCUCUAUCCAGAUUAUGCGCCAGCUACUGUGAAACUUCGUGCCACAUUCACCAAGCCAGACUCCCGGACAUGGAGAGAAACACAACUACCAAACCAGCGAGAAGAGGGCGCGCCACCACCCAGGAGAGAGGCGACACCGGCCGGGAGAGAGAGGAGGAGAACGGCGCUGGACUAGGCAACGAAGAGGAUGGAACGCACGGGAAGAACGGUCCGGGAGGAGAGGACGAGGCGAUGGGAGGCAUCAGCGUGGAAGGAGAAUAUAACGACGAGGUGAACGACGGCGAAGAAGAAGACGGCGGCAGCGGCAGCGAGUCCGGAGACAACAUGGGGGCUCUGGACGAGAAUGACGGUACUGAGUAGCAUUGAUCCGAGAAAUGGGGUAAGAACACCACUACAACUGACACUUAUGUAAAUAGACACAUCCACGGUUGCCUGCCAAGGAAAUGGACACAUUGAAGGGAAUAGACUGAUGGGAAACGGACAGAGAUUUACUUUCUUUUGGACUUUUGCAAGAACUUGGGACUCACGGGGGGGAGGGGGAUGGUCAGGGGAAAUAAGGGAAACGCUGGUAUGGUUUAUUGGUUUAGUCUAUGUUUGAACUCUCAUUCUAUAAGAUAUUAGAUCUGGAAUCAGAUAGAAUACAAACCUUUUUUUUUGUUUUGUUCUGUUUGUGUGUGUGUGUGUGUAUGUGGGUGUGUGUGUGUGUGGGUGUGUGCGUGUGUGUGUAUCCAUUCAUACAUAUGUGUGUGGGUGCGUACGUGAGUAUCCACAUCAGGACAUGGAUCGUGUGUGGGUGCUUUUGUGGGAAUGUGGGCAAGUUCGCAUGUUUUUGUAUGCAUAUGUAUAUGUGAAUGGGAUUUUACGUGGGUAUCUGAUAAACAUUUAGAAGCACUACAUGUUUGUAAUGAUCCUUUAUGUAUUUUACUGUAAACCUUUUUUAUUUAUAUUUUCCACGGAGGGAGAGAGGAAAGAUGACGGUAUAAGGGAGAAUGUAUAAUAUUUAAGGGACUAAAUUGGUUGAACAUUGGAUAUCAUACAGGCGACAAAACAUUAUGGAACCUGAUCUGUACAGGGUUCAACUUGAAUAUCUUUUCAUACUCUUGUGUACUAAAAGAGGGAUUUGGAAGGCAUUUCCCCUUCGUCUCAGCUCGAUUGUUGUCUCUGCUUUCACCACCUAUUUCCCUCUCUCCCUCUAUAUUUUUCUAUUUGUUUAUAUUUUUUAUUAUUUUCUAUUUUAUUACUCAGUUGUACUGCAUAUAUGUUGAGGAUGAGACCGAUCUAUAUAUACAUCAAUAUUAUGGAUAAGUUGUUGACUUUGUUUUACACUGGACAUGCUAGCGUAGAGGGGCUCCCCUGUCCUCGUUCCCGGUGGGCUUGUCUCCGGGGCGCUGUGGUGGGUGCUGCCGUAGCUGGGUCGACAGCCGGUUUAGUGUUGUGGUGCUGCGGUGGCGCCCGUUGGGGCGCUCGGGAGACAGGUCUAUACGUACCCUGGUGCAAUGGAAGUAGUUUGAUAUGCGAAAUGAAUACUACCACAUUCCUUUUUUCAAGUGAAUAUAUGCGUGGUUGUGGGUGAGUGCGUAUAUGUAUUUACAUGUAUGUGCACAUAUAGGUCCGCAUAUAUAUUACCGGUUUUUUUCUGUUUUGUUUUUUUGUCUCUCAUGUUCAAAAAAGAACACUGGUUACUAGGUAGUAUAACUAGGAAUAUGCUCUCUGUCCUGAUAUAGAUAUAAUCCCAGAGACUUAACUUUGAUAUAGAAACAUGAACCGUGGAUAUUGAUACUUUUUGUUUUCUUAUUGGAACAUUGACUUUUCUCCUAUAUACCCUCUUAGGGGUUUUUGUUUAUCUUUUCUUUUAUUCUAACUCACAAUGUUAUGGUUGAGGGACCUGUGUAGAGGAGAGUCGCUCGCUGUGCGAUAGAGAUAGGAAAUGGUUAAAGCUAGCCAGGUUGAGGAUUGGAGAGGAUCACGCGAGCGAGCCUCUGUACC